GGCACAGCCGCCCCAAAACGUUGUGAGAUUUUUGGUUUUCAUUUUUUGUUUUAAUUAACACCUGCCAAGAUUCCCGCGCACGUGAUGCUGAUUAUACUGCUCUGCAUUUUGGGCACCACCAGCGCGUGGUACGAGAGCGUGACCUCCACCCGGCGAUACCCGGAACAUCCUGCAGCCCAACCUCAAUGGACCGACCCAUACUUCGAUCUAAGCGUCUCGCGCAACGUCACCGUACGGGAAGGCGAAACCGCAAUCCUCACCUGCCGGGUGGAAAACCAGGCCCGGUACAGCAUCUCCUGGGUGCGACAUCACGACCUUCACAUACUGGCCAUCAACGGUGACACGUUUACCACCGACGAGCGGUUCCAGGCGCUGCACGACACGCAAACCAACGAGUGGACGUUGAAGAUCACGCGGACGCGCCGGAAGGACACCGGCAUCUACGAAUGCCAGCUAUCCACCAUGCCCGUCAAGAGCCUGCAGCUGUAUCUGAUUGUGCUCGAUGAGGCACAGCUUGUUCGCCGACAGGACGACAUACUUUACGACAUUCCGCCAUCGUCCGGGGAGCAUUUGGGGGACACGAAAGCGGGUGAUGUCUACAACCGGAUGUAUGCGGAUCGAGUGAACGAUUACAUGUUUCUAACGGCCAACACCCAAAUCCUGGAGGGCACGAUCGUGUAUGGUUACAAGGGACAAAAUCUUAAUCUCACCUGCAUCGUCAAACACAACUAUGACCGGCGGCCCAGUCACAUCGUUUGGUACCAUAAGAACGACAUCGUUGCCUACGAGUCGCUGCGUAAACGAGGACGGUCAUCCCUCAACAGCAUCACGUCGUUUCAUCUGAUACGAAACGCCGAAUUUGAUGACGCUGGAAACUAUACCUGCGCCCCGGAGCUGUACCCUAGCGCCAGCACCAUUGUGCACAUUCUAGAUGGCGAAGAAGCGCAAGAGUUUAACAGUUCCAAUGGUGGGCAGAUAAGUUCGGUGACGAACCUUCUCUACGGAGCGCUGCAGUUGUUCACGUCUCUGAAUAUACUUUACAAUCACCGCGAUAGGAUGAGUUAG